GCGGAGGAGUUAGGAUGGCAGUGCUGUGGGCAUCUCUGUUUUUGUGGGCAUCUCUGUUUUUGUCUUAAAUUCUAGACCAAAACAAAAAUCGGACAUAUAACCAAUCAGAAACGAGCGGCACCGAUCGAUCAGCUCGUUUGGGUCUAUUAAGUCAUGCGCUUAUUGAUCUGUCUGUUAUUGUCGCUGUUUUUGCGCAAGAAUGGGAAAGUGUCUGCUGAGUUGUUCACCCCGAGCGGACACUCUCUGCAUAUCAAUGACGACAACUUUUCAGGCCGGGAUCACAUGAAACAAGAGUCCAUUCAGAUCCAACAACAAGUUCUCGAGCCCGGUUCAGGCUCUGCCUUUAACCUGAAGGUUCAGGUCAACAGUGCGCUGAGUCGUCAGUUCCUGCAGCAGGCUAUGGUGGAGGUCUACAUCAACUACACCAGGACCAGUGCAGCUCUGACAGGGGAGGAUGGGGGCCUUUUGCUUUAUAUACCGUACCAGGAGGGGAUGCCUCUGACAAUCGUGGCCAGCAAAGAUGGCUACAUGCACACACUGCUGCCAUAUAAAGCCAGCAGAAUGCCAUUAUUUUCAUCUUUGACGCUGUCUCUACCAAGGGUGAACCAGGGGAACAUCUGGCUUUUCGAUGAUUCAGUCCUGAUCACUGGAAAAACCUCUGAUGCUUCAUUGCAGCCUGUUGUCCAGUUUCCCAAAAGCCUGCUGAACCUGACAGAGAGCAGUAAUGUCACCGCUGUUAAAGCCUACCUGACCGUUCCCAAGCUGCCAUCACAGGAUGACGCCUUCCUGAAUACUAUGGGCGUCAUGAGCAGUAAAUCAGGAUAUGUCAGUGUGGACCUGAGUCCGGUGGCGGCCGUCAGUGUGCAGCUUUUCUCAGGAGACACAGAGUUACAUGUGAGCGGACCCAUACAGAUCAGCCUCAGCCUUCCUGACAGCUGUGGGCUCCAGAGUUCAAACAGUGUCCCUGCAUGGUUCUUUAACCACACCACUGGUGGAUGGAUGAGAAAAGGAUUGGGGACGGUGGUGUCCGUGGAAGGGAAACUGAUGUGGACCUUCACAGCUCCUCACCUUGGUUAUUGGAUUGCAGCACCUCUGUCAGCCAACAGAGGUCUCUUUGGACUUACCAUCCCCCUUGACUUCAUCGUGCGUCAUUCAUUUCUCCUGAUGGUUAUUCUUGGAGGAGUUCUUUUUAUUGUCAUCUGCCUUCUGGUUGGAUUAUUGCUUUGUCGCAGAAGUUCACCCAGUGAAAGUAAGACAAAGAAGAUCCCUCUCGUGUUAAGAAAAGACCAAACCACCUCCACUUGUGACGAUGAUGUCAUUGAGGUAUCUUCAGGGGACCUCUGUCAUCUACAGGACGGACUGAACCAAUCCUUCACAGAGAGGGGGGAUAACAUGCACAAUGCCGCUGUUAUUUCUAUGCACAAUAGCAAUGUCAUAGCCAACCCUGGUGCUGUGGCCACUGCUGUGGAGUGCAACAAACUGGAUCUGAACACCGCAUCCCUGACAGAGAAUUUGUUUUUCUACAACCAGCCUGUUGCCAUUCUUCACGCUCCAGCGUUUUUCCAUUUGGAGGAGCAGCCAGAGCAACCCCAAUGGAGCAAGUCGGCCACUCUUCCCCGCUCGGGGGCUUCAAACGGCGCUGCAGCCGAGCCACCGAGGAAGGACAGCUUCACACAGACUCUGCCAAAAGGUCCCUCUGCCACCCAGAACCAAACUGCAGAAAAUGAGGACCAGCUUGGGGUUUUAGAGGACUCUCAGGCUGCAGCCUCCAGCAGCCCAUCCAGGAGUCACUUCAGCCUCCCAGAGUCAGCAUCAGUCCCUAGAACAUUAAGCAAAAUGGUGGGCAGCAGACACUCAAUGCAUGCCUUUGCAGAUCUUUCUAAAAUCCCCACACUUCAGCCUCCUCGGGCCUGGUUUGUGUCUCUGGAGGGUAAACCUGCAGCUGAGAUCCAUUACUCUGUGUCAGAGCAACAGAGGAGGCAAAGGCCAGCGGAGAGCAGAGAAACCAGCUUAGAUUCAGGAGUGGACAUGAGCGAACUAAACCAGACGUCGGGGAGGAGGGCUGUAACGCUGGAGCGCAAUAAUACUUUUGUCAAAAGCACAAGCAGCAGUAAAAACACAACAUCACAGAAGUAAAAAAAGAAAACAUUUUAAUGUUGACCCACCAUUCCCAGUUUACAGUACAGUCCCCUUUCUUCCAUCAGGCGGAGUUGUAACUAUUGUAUAAAAGUGUAGACAGUCAAUCAGCGCAUGUGGACUCACUAACAAGUCUCCUUACCCUCCAGCUUGAAACAAUCUAUUUCAUCUCUUCUCCUGCCUCAACAGUCAGUGCUAACCAAAAAAAUGUCAGUAUCACUUUAAAUGUCUAUUGUUCCAGUUUCCCUUUUGUCCACUUUUUAAGGACAGAUGCACUAAUGCUUUGUUUUCCAUCAGGAUUAAUGGAAGGACCACUGUGGCCACCUUAACAAGAGGAUAUUUGCUAUUUUAAUAAUGUCAUUCUAUUUGUGUUCAUAUUCCACAUGUAUGACCAUGAAGUGAAACACUUUGUUUCAUUUUAAUAAAAAAAAAAGAA